AUGCUCACACAGCACAACGUCACGGAGCCUCUGUCUAAACCUCCGCCUCCAGCGACCGCAAACAUCACCCUCCAAAACAGACGCCACAAUGGGACGCUUUUAAUGAGAGCUGUCCAAACACGUCAGUCUGCGUCUUGGUGGUGUUUGCGGCUGCGGGCGGUGGCUGUAAUCAGGUCAGGCUUGUGCAUAAGUGCCACAGAAGGGACAGGAUCCGUCACGCUGUCAGUGGACUGUCAACACAAUGUUCAGAAGGCUCAGUCCUCCAAGGUUCAGAAGGCUCAGUCCUCCAAGGUUCAGAAGGCUCAGUCCUCCAAGGUUCAGAAGGCUCAGUCCUCCAAGGUUCAGAAGGCUCAGUCCUCCAAGGUUCAGAAGGCUCAGUCCUCCAAGGUUCAGGAGGAUCAGUCCUCCAAGGUUCAGAAGGCUCAGUCCUCCAAGGUUCAGGAGGAUCAGUCCUCCGAGGUUCAGAAGGCUCAGUCCUCCAAGGUUCAGAAGGUUCAGUCCUCCAACGUUCAGAAGGCUCAGUCCUCCAACGUUCAGAAGGCUCAGUCCUCCAACGUUCAGAAGGCUCAGUCCUCCAACGUUUAG